GAAUUAGCAGAAUCGGUCGACGAUUGUACGGAGCAAGGCGCUUCAGUUGUCAAUAUUUGCAACACAAAGUCAGAAGAGUGACAGCGCAGGCAGCAGCCUCUAGUGCGGCUACUGCCUUUUGACUGACAGUCUGGCAGGUCUACCCAGAGGCCCAGUAAAACGAACAACCAAAUUCGUUGUAGAUCGUUGCUCGUUCCACCCUCUCCCGUUGUUGAUACGGUUCCAGCGACCCUUGCCGCUGUGAGCGCGGGACGGCAUCGCCGUGUGCCGUUGUUCCGAAGCUCUCCGUCGGUCGUAAGAACAAGCGCGUUGGCCAGCCAACUAACAGCAACCAGCAAGUGCGGAGCAGCGGCGCAGUAGGCGCGAUACUAAUAGGCCACAGGGGCAGACUGUACACCUGCUUCGGCCUACGGCUUCUAGAACCGAAACGUGCGCAACUUCUACCUCUUGUUCCAUAGGCACCAUCCUUUCUAUCACACGGACAUUAAAUUAAUAAGAAAAAUUGCCCGCUAAGCGUUUGUAUGUCAACGAGUAUUAAUAAUCAGGCAGCACCAACAACACGAACAGAGUGGCCGAUCGUGUAACAAUUAGUAUGUCGCUAUUUUCUCCCAGUCAGAGCUGGCUCGUUCUUCCUUUUUUUGCUGCGUUCAGGCAUUGUGGAUCAUCAGCAAUAAAAGCAGUAGGAGUUUCGGGCAGUUCCUGCACGUGAUUCCGUGAUCUCGUUUGGUGAAAGCGCUAGGCGGCAGUAUUGUCGGUGAGUCCGACAUUGCAUAGCUGUGUCGCCAGCUGCCAGUAGCCAGUGCGUCAGAAGUGUUGUUGCGUGUUUUGCGUGCCAUCGUCUUUCUUUACUAUGUGUGUCUGUCGGUCGGCGAGCAGCAGCCCGAUAAGCCCAUUUUGUGUGCCUUCCCUUUUCGCUGGCAGCUGUGUUUAACAGAAGUAGUCAUAUCAUAUGUCUCUAUUUAUCGCUCCGUAGAGUCUGUGAUCGUUAACAUUUGCCAACAACCGCACCAACAACAAACACACAUAAUCGCCCCGUCAGUCCUCCGAUCAGAGCAUCGAUUAAACACUGAUUGUAGACGGUUGGAAAUAUAUUGCUGUGUUUUCUGCUCCUCUAAGCUAAAUUAUUUUUGUCGGAUAUUUCUACACGUGGGUUGAUAGCCAGUAAGUGCAAGUACAUUUGUCGAAGUGACUCAGGAGUUGUUCGUGAUUUCUGAUUGAUAAAGGUGCGGGAACGACACACAUUCAAACCAAAAAAUUCUGAUUUGGUAUCAUCCACGAUGGCCUGCGCAUCACCAAGACGCUCUCCGGCGACACCGCGCCGGCGUCUAAAAGGACCGCCUGCACCGCCGCCUGUUGAAACUCUUCCUCAACUAGCAAACAUCGACUCGAUCAUCGACAAACUGUUAUUCGCAAGGAAAACGCCCGGAAAGAUGGUGUCUUUAGCCGAGCAGCAUAUCCGACAGCUCUGUCAGGUAUCUCGAGAGAUCUUUCUUUCGCAACCAAUGCUACUUGAGUUGAAUUCGCCGGUCAACAUUGUCGGCGACAUCCACGGCCAGUACAAUGAUCUGCUUCGGCAUUUCGAUAAGUGCGGUUAUCCACCAACGAGCAAUUACCUGUUUUUAGGCGACUACGUUGAUCGAGGGAAGCAAUCGAUCGAAACAAUUAGCCUCGUCCUCGCCUACAAAAUUAAAUACCCUAACAAUCUAUUCCUACUUCGCGGAAACCACGAAUGCGCAUCUAUUAACAAGGUCUAUGGAUUCUACGAGGAAUGUAAGCGACGGUACAGCAUUAAACUUUGGAAAGUAUUCAUCGAUUGUUUCAACUGCCUUCCUGUCGCGGCGUUGGUAGAAAACACCAUCAUUUGUAUGCAUGGAGGCUUAUCACCCGAGCUGGAUAAUCUCAACCAACUCCGAGAUAUCCCGCGUCCGAUUGACAUUCCCAAUCAUGGCCUGCUCUGCGAUAUACUCUGGGCAGACCCAGACGACGACGUAAUCGGCUGGGGCCAGAACGACCGUGGAGUUUCAUAUACAUUUGGCGGCGAGAUCGUGCGGAGUUUUCUCGAAAAGCACAACUGUUCCCUCAUUGUGCGGGCCCACCAGGUCGUCGAGGACGGAUACCAGUUCUUUCAGAAAAGACAGCAGUUGGUAACAAUAUUUUCGGCACCGAAUUACUGCGGGGAGUUCGACAAUGCGGGAGCUAUUCUGUGCGUUUCCGAGGACCUCACCUGUUGGUUCAGUAUACUUCCGCCCCUUAAGCCGAAAGUUCUGCACGUAAAGAACGGACGUAGAUGAUCUUCGUUGGAGCAUUCUCUGCAGUCCUUUGGUCUUUCGUAUCGAGCGGGGCAAACGACAGUUAUCGGGUAACCAGGAGAUGAAAUACAACGAGGAAAUCAACAAUCGUUCGAGUGUACUGCUCCUCGAGCAUAUCGCAAAUCAUUCGUUCGACAGGAAAAAAAAGUAAUCGCUGAAUAAGUUGCAAUAGCAGCUAUCGAGUACGUUGAACAACUUUAUUCGGACGAAUGAUUUAAUAUUAUUGAAGUUAUGUUCGAUUUGUAUAAUUUAGCAGGCAAGGACUGCUGAAGUAUUGAAUGCUUGAAAAAGAGAAGUAGGUUCCCGAAUACAGAAAGCGGAAACACUCAUCCAAAGCUGGCCGCCUCUUGCAUCUUUCAAUCACCAAUAGCAGCAGUGAAAGUCAGCCAUUUUUCCACUACCGUUGGUAGACUGAUGUCUUUCGUGUCUUUAAUGACGCCCUCUGUUCAUCAACAGCAGCAGUAGUAACAACAACAACAACAACCACCUACCUUCUCAGCUUUUCAGCAAUAAGUUAUCUGUAACCCCGUGUAGUUAUCUGGGCUCGAAUGAGGUAUAGCAGCUCAGGACGAUGGCCCUUAAUCAAACUAGCCCAAAUUACCACCGGCCAAAAAUCACUAAAACGGUAAAUGAACAUACAACGAGCGUUCAGCCCAUUUUCUUCGUUAAUUUUUAGCACAGAGAUUGUUUGAUCGAAGGAAGCUUUAUUUACAUAUACACAAAGGAAUAUAGAGAAUGUCGUAUAGGGACAAAAACAUAUAUACAUACGCAUUCACGCACGGAAUACAUCAUUUGCAGAGUAGGUCCUGUUAGUUGACGGGCAUUCGACUAGAAAUGUAUGGAAUAGGACCAGAGAUCUGUUUUGCAAGCAGCAUUCCAAAUACCAACCAGUCUUCAUUAUUCAAACCAAGAAAGGUGUCCUAGUUUUUCCCAGAGACUGGAAAUAACGAUGACUCCUUCAUAACAAUAAUAGUCACACAUAUCACCGAUACGUGGUAAACACCAAGUACACUUAGAGGCUCAGCAUUUGCUGGCCAAAUACCUACCGGCGAUUAGCUGACAAAGAACAUGGUCCGGAAAAGAAAACACAGUUGAAACCUAAAGAUACGUCUACAGGAGGAAACCAUGACAUACAGACAUGUCGUUGCGAGCAGAUGGUGCAGAGGUGCUAUCGUAAAGGUGUAGAAAGCGCCUGCGCGCUAAGGUAUGGGUGAACGUUAACUAGUCGAUUGUUACAUAAGGUGGGAAAGGGCAGUAAAUAACAAACCUAGUAAUUAUAAUCAACAGGCGCUAUUAUGAAUAAUUAUUGUUACAAAAGUAGGCUUUAAGCAAAAUAGCAAAGGCCUUGUUAGAUGCGUGCGCAAAACCCCGUCAUUGUGUUGUCAGAGAGGCCCUAGUAAGCGGCGUUUCAUGUCCCGUUCAAGAUGGCUCUUUUUGCAGGGACACCUCAAAUUCAGUCUAUUUCCAUGCAUACAUUCACGUCACGUAGACGUCCGUAUCAGAGGGGAGAAAGUCAACAGCUUGUUGAUGCUGUUAGUUAGCCGGCCGUCCGAAGAAUUGAUAACAGGUGAUUAUAUAAUAAAAGCGAAAGAAGCAAGGAGGCCUAGCAGAAGAAGAACGAACGUAAUGUAGGAAUAGGAACUAAAUAACGAAGAUAUCGGAAAGUCUUGUUUUAAAAUAGCUAAAACGGAGCGUGAUGAAUAUCACAACGGCACUUCUAAAAAGAAACAAUUGAAGACGGAGCAAAAAAAAGAAGUCAUUAAAGAAUCUGGAUGAGGGCAGGUGAAAUCUAAGUCGCUGUUGUUGGUCCGCCGAACUACACAUUUGUAUAUAUAUUAUAACAUAGCAAAUGUAUUUAGCACAUCCGUCUCAUAGACGGUUGUUUAAGCAUAAUAGAGAAUUACUAUAAUAAAAUAAUUAAACGGGUAAUUAUUUAAUUCACUGUACGAUGCACUUUUUUCAGGACGUAAUCUAAGCGUGUUCAAUGAUAGGUAGUUAGGUAAAUAGGACAU